AUGAGCUCCUCGGACAACAAUGACAAUGACAGCGCACCGGCCCCUCCACCGCUGCAUGUUGCGGUCUGGGAGGGGGACGUCGAGCGCGUGCGCCGCCUCCUGGACGCUGCAUGCCCCGAGGGCGAGGAGGCCCGCGACUCGCUCAAGGCCGAGGCGCUCAGGAGCCUCCUGGAGCUCAAGGACGCGCGCGGGAAUUCCGCGCUGCACUUGGCCGUGCGCGUGGUGCAGCCCACGCAGCGCGCUAUCGUCAAGCUGCUGCUGGGCCGAGACGCCAGCGUGGGCUCUCGCAAUGCCGACGGCUGGAGCUGCGCGCACGACGCCGCGCUGUGCGACGACGAGUUCAUGCUGGCCCAGGUCUACCUCCGAGGCGAGAAGCAGCUCAUCCAGUCGCUGGAGUCGGCCCAGGGCACGUUCACGCAGGCGCUGGAGAAGCUGCCGGACUUUGCAGCCGAGAUCUUCAUCGAGGCCCACUCGUGGGUGCCCAUGGUGUCGAGUGUGCUGCCCUCGGACACGAUCCGGAUCUGGAAACGCGGCUCUCAGCUGCGCAUCGACUCGGCGUUGAAAGGGCUGGACGGGGUCAAGUGGAAGAAAGGACCCAUGUCCCAUGUGCGUUCUACGAUGUACUGGGCGCCAUGCACAACUCGUCCGUGGGGAACAUGGACUUGGCGCUGCACGUGUCGUUGA